GAGGGAUAAAAGAGGAGGAGGAGGAGGGAUAAAAGAGGAGGACAGAACAUGGGCCAUUCCUGUUUGUGGAUUUUUCUGCUGUCCCUGUCUCUCUCCCACCAGGCAGUCACUGAACAGGCAGAAGCAUGUCGGACGGCGGAGCCUGCAGACCUAGUGUUCUUGGUGGAUGAGUCGUGGGGCGUGGGCCAGACCAGCUUCUCCAGGGUUAAGGACUUCAUCUCGGCCAUCAUGAAUUCCUUUCAGGACAGCGUGGUGGGGUCCGAGGGCAUCCGCUUUGGAGUCACCGUCUACGGAGAUAUACCCAGGAUGCGUAUCGCCCUGACAGACUACAGUAGUCUCGAGGAGGUCCUGAGGGCAGUAAAGGACCUCCCCUUUGAAGGCGGGGCCAGUCGAACGGGCGACGCCCUCCAGUUCCUGGUGGAUUAUGUCUUCAGUGCGGCUAUCACCAGGGACAAUACCCCCAAGAUUGCUGUCCUGAUCACAAACGGCCGUUCGGAUGACCAGGUGGAUGGGCCGGCCAAGGCUGUCACAGACAAUGGAAUCUCUAUCUAUGCAGUGGGGGUGAGAGGAGCCGACGAAUCAGAGCUGCGCAGGAUUGUGACUGAGCCCCACGAGGAACACCUGUUGCUAGCCGCUGACUUCUCUCUCCUGGAUGCUCUCCUGCCCAAACUGUCCCGAAGAAUCUGUUUCACCGCCUCUGAAGCCCCACGGCCCGUCAAACACACCCCGGCCGGUGAGAAUUAG